UUUUAUUAACUCAGUAGAAUCAGAAGUCGUUGUCCUUAGCUGAACAUUUGAGCGGAACCUUUAAUGAGUGUCUCUGGUACAUCGGACAGUAAACAUGAGAAGUUAUGUUUACAUCGCUCAAACACGACGGGGAACCGGAAUCUAAAUUCGUCCUUAAAUCGAUUACAUAAAUUAUAUAAGGGCAUCGCAGUAAAUGUCUCGCUUCCGACUGAGAUGUACCCCACAGAAAACACAUGAAAAGAGCCCUUUACGAUGUUAAAAGACGUUGUUUACGUUAGUACGCCAUUGAUGUCACACCCUACUGUAGCUGUCAUCUAAGAAAAACAACAGAAAGGUGAGCUCCAGGCCAAAUCCAUGGCAUUCAUGCCAAAUCAGUCCAUUAAGAUGAGCCGGGAUGCAUCCAUUCACAGUUGGCCCGGCUCUUAUUACAUCAACAGUGAGAAACGCUGGGUCAGCGGCACCCUUUCGUUAACCCGCACCACCCUGCGCUUCACCUCUGAGCAGAACCAGGAGAGUCUGGCCAGCCUGAGGCUCUCGCACAUCAUGGAGAUCAAGAUGGAAUCCUCAAGCUUCAUCUUCAGCACUCUGACAGUGUUGGAGCAGGGAAACAUCAAGCACUGGUUUGGCUCCUUGAGGCCCUGUCGUGCUGCUGUUUACCAUGUGCUGGAGCACUUCUGGAGGGAGCGGCUGCUGUCGCCCACAGAACCCCACGGCGCUGAAGCUCCUCUCAGUAAAGGGCAGGAACUGAUCAGCCUGAUAUCUGGAGCUCAGCGGAGACUGGAUGACACCGGGAAAGUCCUGAACCACCAGGGAGAGCAGUUUGACAACAUGAUUCAGGGCUUGGACAAGAUCGAAUCAGACCUGAAUGUGGCUGAUAAACUACUAUGCGAACUUGAGUGUCCGUCUUGGUGGCCUUUUGGCAAACUGCCAUGGAAGAGCCAUCAGCAGGCCAAAUCUGAGGUGGCUGCCAAAGCAGCGUAUACUAAAAGAGCGGGCAAGGGCCAGAAAGUCAUAACCAGCAUUCCAGCUAUUGUUUCCAGCAGUGGGAUCUCUGGGGACAUAAAACCAGGCAGUCUGAUGGUGUUAGUCUCCUCUUUGGAGCUUCGAGAUGCAAAUGGACAGCUCCUUCAUCACUUUGACAAGGAAGAGGUGGAUGAUAUCCGUGUGCACAACCCCUAUGAGAUCAGUGUGCGGCAACGGUUCAUCGGCAAGCCGGACAUCUGUUUCCGAGUUCUUUCGGCCAGGAUGGUGGAAGCUUUGUCUGUACUGGAGAUGCAGUAUAAGAAGAAAAUGGAGUUCACCUGUGACUACGCAGCAUUUCAGCUGACACCAGCAACGACACCAGGCAGCCCAGAGGGUGGAGGGAACAUCUGGAGUGCAGGUCAUGGUCAGGACACAGAGGUGCCAGUGGAGGUACCUGCUGGUGAACUCACUCAACUGCAACUUCAUGUGCUGCAGCCCAUAGUAACUGAGGCAGAAGCACAGGAGCUCAAACAGAUGCUACAGCAGCUGAAGAAUCUGGCCCUGGAGGCUGAAUCAGAGCUGGAGCGUCAAGACGAGGCUCUUGAUGUAUUAACCUCUUCCACCGACCAUGCCACCAUGAACAUCAACAGACACACUCGCCGCAUGAGGAAACUGCUGUGAACUUCUGUCACCAGAUAAAUUGUCCAUAUAGACUUCUACAACCUAAAUUCAGCCACACUGCUACAAAUGGCACUCCUUUUCGAUUUCACAUUUUGCAUGGCUUAGCAUCCCCCAAUGGAAAGAAUCAUUGAGAAGACACCACCAUACUACAAACAUUGUGAGCAAUAUGCUGUUGUUGUUGUUAUAAGGUGACAUCUCAAACCAUUUCACAUGAUUCUGUGCAUUGUCAACCCCCUAAUAGUAAUGAACUCUGUCUCAGGCAUAAUCUUGUUUUAUUGACAUAAUUAUAUGUAUGCUGAAUUUCAGUCACAUUGUUGAUAAAUGUAAACCCAUAAUGCUGUAUUCAUUUACUGUAUUCUUUGUGAUCAAGGCAACUGUAAAAUAAACUCAAACUGACAUUU